AUGGAAAAUGAUUGCAUGGAUGGAAGAUUGUCGCAACUGAUAGAAUCCAUUGAUGACAAAAUUCGAGCAGUUGCCCUAAAUGCUAAUGUGUCAUAUGAAGAUUUACGAAAUGGAUAUGUAAUGUCAUGCUUACAUAUCACUAAGCCUUUCGAGUAUAACAUUAGCGAUUUAAAGGCAAAACAAAAGAUAAAAUCUGAAGUGGUAACAGGAACAGAAAAAUACAAAGAUAAAACGAUAGAACAGCCUGCAGUUGAUGAUAAUAUCACUAUACAGGAUGAGAAAAGUGAUAAUCAAUUGAGAACUUAUCAAAAUAUAACGAUUAGUAAUAAAAAAGUUCAUACAAAGAAACAACAACGAAAUGAAUUUGAUUAUAAAUUUGGUUAUGGCAUUAGUAGCAAGCGUAAAUCAUUUAUGCGUCAACGAAAUCAGCAAAAUUUUUGCUUUCGAAAUGUUCGAGGUUCAAAUAUGUUACCAUCAGUCAUUUCUGCUCCAAUUAAUACUGCUAAUCGAGUUCGUCCCUAUAAAAUGGAUGAUAAUAAAUCUAAUGGUAAUAAUGAAUCGUUGCAACCAAAAGAUUCGAAUAAUAAAAAAGUAACAAAGUUUAUUUGUGAUAUUGAAGCAGCAUUAGCAGGUGAAAUAUCUGAUAUGGAAGAUGAAAGAGGACAAGUCAGCACCGAUAAUAAUAAAUUUAAUAAAUUAUCAAAUGAUGAUGCUGAAGAAACCAUAAGGAAGGUUCAAGAAGAAACAAAUAGAAAUCAUUUAGAAGCAAUAAUUGUUCGUUAUCCUAAUGGGCAAUCAUUGGCACUUAAUAUCAUUCAUAAAGUAUACGUUGUCCACUUAGAGGAUACUUAUGCAUGGGUUCGUCUCUCCGAUGACAUUGAACCACCGUGUUUUGAUCAUGUAUACGCUGUAAUGAAAGAGACACAGUCGUUACAGUGGGAGGAAUUGUUACCUGGAACACCGUGCGUGGUACUUGCACGUUUCAGUUCACGCGAUAUCGUUAAUGAUGGAACAGCACGUGAGGUCACGAAGUUUGAGUCAUAUGCUCGUGCUAUUAUUGAAGAAUGUCACAAUACGUCAAAAACAGUAACCGUUCGUCUCGUUGAUUUCGGAUUUCGUCUCACGCAAUUAAGCGUCACAACUAUUAAGCCGCUAACAAUCGCAUUUGACGGACCACCGCUAGCAUUCCGAUUGCUAAUUAAUUCAUUACCAAAAGUGAUGUGA